CUGCACCACAGCGCCAUCUGGAUCUGGUGGGACACAAUAAUGUAGAAACUAAUGUAGAAACGCCACUGGUCUCCUUUACUAUGCCGCCAUAAAGAUCAUGAUCCAUAAGACAUUUAAGUGACAACAACAGGAGUCAAAACGGGCGCACUGGUGAUUCUUUAAAGAAAAUAAUAAUCAAAGCGCAAAUCCACUGGUUUCGAUGUCCGGAAAGGUCGCUCUUCCACAACAGUGAGCGGGUGCUCGUCAUGGAUGGUAGAGGGAUCUUAAGUUAUAUUCGUGAAAGUGCAAAUUCACUGCUUUCGAUGUCCAGAAAGGGAGCGGGUGCUCUGCGCGAACAAAUCCUACUUCUUUCAGAUGAAGCAGCUCGUGUAUUUGAUGCCGCAGAACUUAAUGAAUCAGACAUCCUCACCUUGACAAGGCAGGACCUAAACGACCUUCUCCCUGGGCCUCAGCACUUCAAGAUUCGGAAAAAGAUUGCGGAGCUGAUCAGCUCAGCUGGAAGGACUGCUUUCAAGGAGCCACCUGUGUGUUCAGAUUUCUUACCCGAAACACUAAAGGAUGUGUUUUCAAGAGAGAAUGUGAAGAAUCUGCCUGUGGCUGGCGUACCCUUGGAGAACUGCCUUCGCAUUCUGCGUGACGCUGAGACACACCUGGCAUCUUCUCUGGACUCUGUGAGACAGCAUGUGAAACUGCUGGAGAGCCUGCAACCUCCUCCCCCGGAGGGCCCCAGCACCGACGGGGCAGCUGCUGGGUGCUCACACCCUCGCAUUAAAGAUGAAACACGUCCUCAUCUAAACAGCACCAGCUCUCCAGUGAAAAUCCACUUACUGGUGUGUGGGAACACCAUGGGCGUCCACAAUGAUCUGGUCAGGCGUGUGGGUGUGCCAACACUGGAGGUCGGUGUGGAGGAAUGCCAAAUAAUCCUUGUGUUUUGCCCGGUGUGGUCACGAGCAGGGACAGACAUUGAUGCAGCACUGAGUAAAGUGCCUGGAAACAAAGAUGCCAUUUUGGUGGUAAUGCACUAUACUUAUAACCCCCAGCAAGGUCUGACUGGAACGAGACCUACUUCCCAAGCGAAUAUUAGAGCAGUUCACAUAUUGUUCCACGACCUCCACGGAGGCCUUCUGAACUGUGAACCUAAUAGACAAGCAGUGGCUGUUAUUGAGGCUGCCUUGAAAAAAUAUACUGUGCCAAACAGGUUUACAUGAGAGAGGAUGAAUUCAGCCUCACAUCACCAGUCUCCACAGACACUAUAGAUACUAUACACCUACGGGUACUAUACACAUACAUAAAGCUAAAGCUAAAUCUGGUGACACAGACAUUAGUCCACUUUUAAUGAUGUUAACGUCAUGUGUCAGUACUUGCGAGCCGCAGUGGUCAGCCUUACUGCAGAAAUGUUGCUUUUGUUGUGUUUGGCACUUUUUCCUCUGAAAUGUGUAAUUAAUGAAUGAAUCACACUUUGGUAAUGAAUCCCAGGACGAAGUCAAAAAGGUGUUUCAAUGCAAAGGUUUAAUAUAAUUUCUCACAAUGCUUUGUAAGAAUGCCAUCAACGCUGUAAGAAAAUUAAAAACCAUUCUUGCCCACAA